AUGUGGUUGAAAAUUGUUUGGUUCUUCUUCUUCUUCAGCGUCGUCAAAUCGUCCCUUUUUGGCUUGCGCAGAGCCAUAUCACGUGCUUACAUUACAGGCGAAGACAGCGACGACGACAGCGACGACGACGGCGAUGAUGAUGAUAGAAAAGAAGACGGGGAUGAAGAUGAAGAAUCUGACCCGAGAGGAGGAAUAAUACGGGGCAGUACAUCGUUGACUAGCGGUUUGCUCCUGGGCGGGAUGGCAGCUCUCUCUCAGCGCGGCUCAAGCGGCAUAGAUCUAUAUGGAGUAUCAACAUCAAGACCGGAGACUCGACCCAUUGUCCCUGGUUAA